CACUGGCUAGUUCUUUUAACAAACCGGGGCUUACUUACAACUCCCGCUAUCUUUUUCGAGGCCCAUCUUCCGAGGCCCAAUCGAGACGCUGGGCCCACUGGUAAACCAAGUCAAUAUUCUGAAAAUCCAGGUGACUGAGAAAAAUUCUCGAAAAUCUUGGUUUCUAUACCUUUCUCGCGGGCACGGCCGACGGCAGGGACGCCGAUACCGCGGGAACCGAUGGAAGAAGAACGAGACGGCCAAAGCUGUUCUCCCGGCGGCGAAGAAGCUAGUGGAAUCGUACAACAAAAUGGAAACGAUACAGUACUAGACGAGGCUCUUGAGACGGCGGCGGAGUUGAGCCCCAGCGAACACGAUUGCACUUACUGGCCUUCGGUUAGGUUCGACGUUCCUCCACAUAGAAACUACCAUUUCUCUGCACAGUUCAGAGGUUCUCCUUGCUCCAACAACUUCCACAAAGGCGUCAAAUGGUCUCCGGACGGCUCGUGCUUUCUUUCAAGUUCAGAGGACAAUAAGCUGCGGCUGUUUUCCCUACCAGAUUAUUACGAUGGCUGUGACCCAUCUGCCUAUUCUGUAGCUCCUGGUACAGAUUCUUAUGGUGCAAGCGUUGUUGUGGAUGAGGGGGAACCCAUUUACGAUUUCUGUUGGUAUCCCUAUAUGAGUUCUUCAGACCCUGCUAGCUGUGUCUUUGCGACUACUACUCGUGAUCAUCCGAUUCAUCUAUGGGAUGCAACUUCUAGCACGUUGCGUUGCACAUACCGUGCCUAUGAUGCUGUGGAUGAAAUCACAGCUGCCAUUUCAGUUGCUUUUAAUCCUGAUGGGACUAAGAUAUUCGCUGGAUAUAACAAAUGUAUCAGAGUUUUUAAUGUGCAUCGGCCUGGUAGAGAUUUUAAACAGUAUUCAACCCUCAAAGGAAACAAGGACGGACAAACAGGGAUAAUAUCUGCCAUUGCAUUUUCGCCAUCUCAUACUGGGAUGCUGGCCACUGGUUCAUUCAGUCAGACCACUGCUAUUUACAGAGAAGACAAUAUGGAACUGUUGUAUCUACUUCAUGGACAAGAAGGUGGAAUUACACAUGUGCAAUUUUCAAAAGAUGGAAACUAUCUAUACUCUGGAGGCCGGAAGGACCCGUAUAUCAUGUGCUGGGAUGUAAGGAAGGCUGUUGAAGUUGUUUAUAAGCUGUACCGGUCUGCGGCACAAACCAAUCAGCGGAUAUAUUUCGACGUUGAACCACAUGGCAGACAUCUUGCCACCGGUGGUGAGGAUGGUUUGGUUCACAUCUAUGAUCUACAAACUGGGCAAUGGAUAUCUGGUUUUCAGGCUGCCUCAGACACAGUAAACGGCUUCUCUUUCCAUCCAUUCCUGCCUAUGGCCGUCUCUUCUUCUGGCCACCGAAGGUUUCAAGCCCCCGAUGAAGAAGAUAACAACUUCCACCUGAGCGAUAAUGAAAACUGUGUAUCAGUGUGGAGGUUCUCUUGUGACUCUUCAGCAGCAGAAACAGGGGACAACAAUGAAUCUUAAGAUGCUUUGUACAUUUGGCUGUUUAGUUUCUAUGCCCUAAUUUUAAAGUGGCAAUUUGGUUGAAAUUGGCUGAACUUCUGUGUUUGUAUGAAUUAUUAUUAUUUCCUUUAUUAUGCCAGGUAUCCAAAAGGGAUUUUGCCACCUCAAAUUUUCUUUAAGGUAAAUAAAAUUUGAUUUUGUCGGAAUUACUUUUUUACUUCAUUCUUAUUUUAUUCCUUUAGUAUUGGAUUUCAUUUUUUUAGUCAUGCCAAUCAAUUGAGUGGGUUUCCUUGCAAUUGAAUGGGCUGUGAAAAUUAAAAGGUUGCCUUCAUAGAAAAUGCAUAAAUAUUUUCUUUUUUAUUAAAAAUUUGCUGAGAUUUACUUACCAAAAAUAAAAAUGGAAAACAUAAAAUGGAGGAUAGAUAUCAAAUCAUAAGGCAACAAUAUAAAACAAAAUUUUCCGUUGAUCGUAUUUAACAAUUGAAUAAAUGACAAAAAUAUAGAAUAUAUGUUUAAUAAAAAUUUCCCAUAAAAAUUUAGGGACGGAAAUUAAUUAAAUACAUUGUCAUAAAAAAAGAUUCAAUUAUUCAAUAGUUAAUUGUGAUUAACAGAAUUUGUUUUAUAUUGUUCCCUUAUAAUUUUAUUUUCCUCCAUUUUUUGUUUUCCUAGUUUUGGUAGAUAAAUCCAUGCCUUUAUUAAAACAAAAUAUUCAUA